GAACAACUUAUCAUUUUCCUCCUCCCUCCUCUCUUCCUAAUUUCCGGGAUUACUCGUUUGGUCUCUCUCUUUCUCUGAUCCAAAUACACAGAAUCCGUGUACAAAUGGAUCCACCCAGUUUCGUAAUCGAAGCCUCCGAGGCUGAAUCCAUGGCUGCCAACUCCGGCCUCACAGUCCUACAACUCCUCCCCUCUCUCGUCAAGCCAGCCCAGACCCUGGCCCGACCGCCCAUCUCCAAGUUCCAUGUCGGCGCCGUCGGUUAUGGCUCAUCGGGGCGGAUAUUCCUCGGCGUCAACCUUGAGUUCCCGGGUCUCCCUCUACACCACUCUGUCCAUGCCGAGCAAUUCCUCGUCACCAAUCUAUCCAUCAACGGCGAAACCCGUCUCGAAUACAUCGCCGUCUCCUCCGCCCCUUGCGGCCAUUGCCGCCAAUUCCUCCAAGAAAUCCGCGGAGCCCCGGAUAUCAAGAUCCUGAUCACGUCGGCGGAGCCCGGGGACGAUGACGGCAAUCGCCCCGAUUUCGACAAGUUCAACCCGCUUCUGAGUCUUUUGCCUCAGCGGUUCGGACCCGACGACCUACUGGACAAGGACAUGCCGUUGUUCUUGGAGCCACACCGUAAUGGGUUUUCGUUCCCGAGCGGAACCCACCAUAGCUUGUCCAAUGGCUCGUGCGACGAAAAUGGCGAGGUGGGUCUACUGAAACUCGCAGCUUUAGAGGCCACGAACAAUUCUCAUGCGCCGUACAGUGGCUGCCCUUCUGGGGUGGCGAUUUUGGAUUCUAGUGGCAGGAUUUACAAAGGGUCUUAUACGGAAUCGGCGGCCUAUAAUCCGAGCUUGGGACCGGUCCAGGCGGCGCUGAUUGCUUACAUAGCCGGAGGAGGUGGCGGGUACGACAAAAUAGUGGCUGUCGUUUUAGUGGAGAAGGAAGAUGCUUCGAUCAGACAAGAACAAACUGCGAGGCUUCUUUUGCAGUCCAUCUCGCCAAAGUCUGAGUUUCGGGUUUUUCAAUGCAGUAAAAAGACUUGUCCUUGUUGAUGCGAGUUAAAUGUGUAUUCUAUCAUAACCUUGUUAUCCUUUUCUAACCAUUUUGGUUGAUUAAUAUUGGGAAAGGAUUGGACCGAGUAAAGUCAAUGAAUGAAGAUGAUCUUUUUGUGUACA